CUGGCUUCCUGGAGUUUGUGACCACAAGCUCAGAACGUGUGUGUGUGGGUGGGAGCCUGUGACUCUUCAGAGUCAGGAGGCUGCCCCAUGCAUCUUCAGUGGGGGACUGAUGGUGGCGGUCCAUUUGCUCUGUGCUUACCUUGCCUGGGACUCUGGUGACUGAGAGUUUGCAUUUGCAAGAAUGCUCCUGGGAUCCGAGGUACGGAUGUCUCCUGCCACAGAACAGGAAGGCUUCAGAUCUAUAGGAACACCAGCCUUUGCAGUGAAACAGAAAGCCAGUAAAAAGAAACUUUAUUUUAAAAACGUCUUUUGAUCCACCAAGAAGAGGGCAACUUGAUUGCUCAGCCAGAAUAAGGAAACAUUUUAGAGAAAGAAGAGGACAAUAUUGGAAUCAUCUUUGACCUGUCUAUUUGGAAAUAAUAUUGUCUAUUGAGAUAUAGAAAAUUGGAAAGCUUUUAUUCAGAACAAUGAAUUUCAUAAAGGAGAACAGUCAAGUCCUCAUUCAAAGGAUGGGAAUGACUGUUACAAAGCAAAUUGUGGACGAGCUAUUUGUAUGGAAUGUCCUGAAUCACGAAGAAGUAAACGUCAUUUGCUGCGAGAAGAUUGAGCAGGAUGCUGCGAGAGGAAUCGUUCACAUGAUUUUGAAGAAGGGUUCAGAAGCCUGUAACCUCUUUCUGAAAUCCCUUGAAAAGUGGAACUACCCUCUGUUUCAGGACUUGCAUGGUCUUAGUCUUUUUCAUCAAAUGUCAGAAGAGGACUUAGAUGUUUUGGCUCAGGAUUUAAAGGACUUAUACCACACUCCAUCUUUUCUGAACUUCCAUCCCCUGGGUGAAGAUAUUGACAUUAUUUUUAAUUUGAAAAGAACCUUCACAGAACCGGUUCUGUGGAGGAAGGACCAACAUCAUCACCGUCUGGAGCAGCUGACCCUGAGUGGCCUGCUGGACACUCUUCAGAGCCCCUGCAUCAUCGAAGGGGAAUCAGGCAAAGGGAAGUCCACUCUGCUGCAGCGAAUUGCCAUGCUCUGGGCCUCUGGAGAGUGUCAGGCUCUGACCAAGUUCAAAUUGGUCUUCUUUCUCCGUCUGAGCAGGGCCCAGGGUGGACUCUUUGAAACCCUAUGUGACCAACUCCUGGAUAUACCUGACACUAUCAGGAAGCAGACUUUCAUGGCCACGCUGCUGAAGCUGCGGCAGAGGGUUCUUUUCCUCCUUGAUGGCUACAAUGAAUUUAAGGCCCAGAACUGCCCAGAAAUCAAUGCCCUGAUAAAGGAAAACCACCGCUUUAAGAACAUGGUCAUUGUCACCACCACCACGGAGUGCCUGAGGCACAUCCGGCAGUUUGGUGCACUGAUCGCCGAGGUGGGGGACAUGACGGAGGACAGUGCCCAGGCUCUCAUCCGGGAAGUGCUGAUAAAAGAGCUUGCUGAGGGCUUGUUGCUCCAAAUUCAGAAAUUCAGGUGCUUGAGGAAUCUGAUGAAGACCCCUCUCUUUGUGGUCAUCACGUGUGCGAUCCAGAUGGGAGAAAGUGAGUUCCACUCUCACACACAGACCACACUGUUCCGUGCGUUCUAUGAUCUGCAAAUAAAUAAAAACAAGCACAAACGUAAAGGGGUGGCUCCCGGUGAAGUUACUCGGAGCCUGGACCACUGUGGAGACCUAGCUCUGGAGGGCGUGUUCUCCCAGAGGUUUGAUUUCGAACCAGAUGACUUGUCCAGCGUGAACGAGGAUGUCCUACUGACAACGGGACUCCUCUGUAAAUACACAGCUCAACGGUUCAAGGCAAAGUAUAAAUUCUUUCAUAAAUCUUUCCAGGAGUACACAGCAGGGCGCAGACUCAGCAGUUUACUGAACUCUGGAGAGCCAGCGGAGGUGACCAAGGGGAACGGUCACUUACAGAAAAUGGUUUCCAUUUCAGACAUUACAUCCAAGUAUAGCAGCCUGCUCCUGUACACGUGUGGGUCAUCUGACGAGGCCACCAGGGCUGUUCUGAAACACCUUGCGUCAGUGUGUCAACACGGCAGCCUCCUCGGGCUUUCUGUCACCAAGAGGCCUCUCUGGAGGCAGGAGUCUAUGCAAAAUGUGAAAAGCACCACUGUGCAAGAAACGCUGAAAGACAGAAACAUCAAUUGCUUUACAGAGUGUGGCAUCAAUUUAUUCCAUGAGAGCAUGUCCACAUCAACCCUGAGGGAAGAAUUUGAAGCUUUCUUUCGUGGUAAAAGCUUAUAUAUCAACUCACAGAACAUCCCUGAUUACUUAUUUGACUUCUUUGAAGACCUGCCUAAUUGUGCAAGUGCUCUGGACUUCGUAAAACUGGACCUUUACGGGGGAGCUGAAGCUUCGCUGGACAAGGCGGCAGGAGACAUAAGCAGGACCCACACUCAAGAGUCCUCAGGAACCUAUAUUCCCAGCAGGGCUGUGUCUUUGCUCUUCAACUCGAAGCAGGAAUUCAAGACCCUGGAGGUCACACUCCGGGAUUUCUGCAAGUUGAAUAAGCAAGAUAUAAAAUAUCUGGAGAAAAUAUUCAGCUCUGCUGUAAGCCUCAGAUUGUGCAUUAAGAGAUGUGCCGGCAUGGCUGGAAGCCUCAGUUCAGUCCUCAGCAUCUCUGAGAACAUUCAUUUCCUCAUAGUGGAAGCCAGUCCCCUCACCUUAGAAGACGAGCAGCAUAUCACAUCCGUGACAAACCUGAAAACCUUGAGGAUUCAUGACCUACAGACUCAACGGCUGCCAGGUGGUCUGACUGACAGCUUGGGUAAUUUGAAGAACCUUACGAAGCUCAUGCUGGAUAAUGUUAAGAUGAAUGAGGAAGAUGCUAUAAAACUAGCUGAAGGCCUGACAAACAUGAAGAAGAUGUGUUUACUUCGUUUGACCCAUUUGUCUGAUAUUGGGGAAGGAAUGGAUUACAUAGUCAAGUCUCUGUCAGCUGAACCCUGUGACCUUAAAGAAAUCCAAUUAGUCUCCUGCUGCCUGUCGGGAAAUGCUGUGAAAAUUCUAGCUCAGAAUCUUCACAACUUGGCCAAACUGAGCAUUCUUGAUUUAUCUGAAAAUCACCUGGAAAAGGAUGGAAAUGAAGCUCUUCAUGAACUGAUUGACAGGCUGCCCAUCUUGGAAGAGCUAACUGUUCUGAUGCUGCCGUGGUGGUGUGAUGUACGAAUCAGCCUGACCAGGCUGUUGGAGCAACUGGAGGGAGCCUCUCAGCUCAUCAAGCUUGGGCUGAAAAACUGGAGACUCACAGAUGCAGAGAUUAGAAUUCUAGGUGCAUUUUUUGAAAAGAACUCUCUGAAAAACUUCCAGCAGUUGGAUUUGGCGGGAUUAUCAGCUACUUGAAGAGGACUCCUGUUCAUCCCUGUGUUCCCCUUGGUCUCAAGAACAGCAGGUCUCCAAAAUGGAUUUAUUGUAAGCACAUUACUUAGCACUGUGCCUGGAAUGUACUAGACUCCAGAGAAGCAUUUGCUGAAAAAUGGGAUAAUUAAGUUACCAAUAAAUAGCUACUGAAUAAAGAAAAUAGGCCAAAACCAUUUAAAAGCAGAGAGAAAACUCCAUGUAUGUUCUUUAUUCAAAGUUUAAUUCAAACAAUUUGGAAUGUAAAAAGUAUUUUCUUACAUAAGAAGCAGAUUAGACUCCCCUAAAAGAUUAGCAUUCUUUAGUCAAGCAAAAAAAAAAAAAAAUUGGCAGUUUAUGGGCAGUUAAUCAGAGGUUUGAAAUUCAGCUCCUCUCCAGUUGCUGAUAUGUGUAUGUAAUUUUGUCACUUUAGACAUUAAGGAAGAAAGAAAAAAAUGGAUCACAUUUGUUUGUACUCUAUGGAAAUUAAGGGUACGCUCUCCUAAUCUUUUCUCCAACACCUCCAAAAAUAAUCCUUCCCCACAAAGAAGUCUAAGAAAAAUCUGUUUAAUCUAAACAGAUUUAAGCUCAGGCAACUCUGAAAUAGACAAAAACCAAAAUGGUGUGAGCCUGUAGUUUACCUUCUGUUAUCAUGGCACCUCAAAUUAAUGGCUUGAGUAACACUUGUCCUAUGUGUUGAGGUAGUCACUGAAAAAUUCUGGGCACAAUAUUCUGUUUUCGCAAGUGGACAUAUAUUCUCCAGGUUUAGUUACACAAUUUUAGAGCUGACAGUUUACAGAUUAAACUUCAUUCCCGACCUAAACCUUAUAGAUGAGAAAGCUCUGAGAAGUCAAAUAACUUUCCUAUGGUUAUAAAACUACUUACACAGGGGCAGUAUCAGGAUUGUAACUGAAAUCUCUUGUCUUCCAGUCCAGUGUUUCUUCCAUUACAAUACAGUGAUUUCUCAAACAGGACUGACCACACUCCACAGAGCCUGCUCAAUCACAAGCCACUCAAUCACAAACCAUGGCAGAAGCUACUGCCUCUUGCCCUAUGCUGACCAAGUUUCUUGUUUUCCAUACACAGAAUUUGGCCAGAGCUUGGGAAAUAUGGCUUCUCUACAUACUAAUGCCUGAUAAAAUGUCACCUGUGGCAGCUGGCAUUACUGUUCAGCAAGUAGAGCCAACACUUUCAGAACCCACAGACAACUGCCCGAAUAGUAUAGGUGGGUACCCAAGCACCUUAGGUGGGACAACUGCACAGGUGUUGCCUCUGAAUAGAUGCUGAGUAAGCAGGCAUUUAUUCUCACACAGAACUGUGUUCAGUACCUAGGCACUUCAAAAAUCCCCUGGGGACGGAGAAGAAUGCAUAGGGUGGCAGCACAUACCUUAUAAUCACCACUCGGUACAUGGCAGUUCUUCAGAUUUCAUGCAUGACCGACUUCACAUUUAGAUGAGGUCAAUGGAGGAAAAACCACCCUGUAAUAGUAGACCAGUAAUAGGUACAGUAACAGUUGGUGAACCUAAGACAAAGGACAAGGAGAAGGUUGCCUUAUCACAUCUUACGUUCCACUUUCCACAGCAGUCAAGGUAAGGUGGGCUCUAUUUCUUCAGCAGGUCAAAUGCCUGAAUAGGGUCGCAGAUGUCAAAGACAAUAAUCAACUCCCCAUCAAGCAAAAGUUAUUUGGGACAUGGUCACUUACUAUCACAGGAUGACUACAAUUCUGCUUGACAGGUGGCUUCCUAGAUGUUUAUUAUUCCACUGUGAAGAAACAGGAUUUGGGAGUGUUGCUCAUAUUUAAAGGAGGAUAGUUGAAGAAACUUGAGAAUUCUUAAAAAAAAAAAAUCUUCUCUAGAUAGCUGCUAAUGGUUGGCAAUGUUACCAAUCUCCAGGAGUACUGGAUUCUAUAAAAGCUGAAUCCACUUUCAAAAUCCAUUUUUAAAAUCCUAAUUAUAAAACUCAUGAUAAAACGAAAAAACUCAUAUGUAAUUUGUAACUGCUGCUUAUUAUAAUUUUUAUAAGUAAUACUGGCCAUAUCAGAAAGUCCUUAACAUUUGCAUUUGGAAAAUAAUAAAAUAGUAAUCUACAUGAUUCUCACACUUCAUUAUAGUUAACAAUUCACUAUCUUCAACAAGACAAAACAAAGUAACUUAGAAAGUGCCUAUGGCAGAUCUAACAAUGCUGUAUUCUAUAAGCUAAGGUCCACUAUGUUUUGGUAAAAUUAUAUAAUGUAAACAAACUGUUUAUGCAACUUUGAAAAAAGAUUAAAUCACAUAUUAUGUAUGGAAUUCCACAUAUUUUGGUAAUAUAUGUGAUAUAUUUUGUUAAUAAAAUUAGAAAUUGAUAAGUCAACCAAUGAAAAGGUGACCAGUGGGGAGGUUAUAGCUCAAAGUGGUGGAACAAGUGCUUAGUAUGCACAAGGUCCUGGGUUCAAUCCUCACUACCUCCUUUAAAAAAAGUAAAUAAAUACAUAAACCUAAUUAUCUACCCCCCCAAAAAACUUAAAAAAAAAAAAAGGUGAUCAAAAAAUAAAUCCAUCA